AUGUUUCUUCGCCAACUCGACCUGACGACUGCUCUUCGUCCGUCUUUAUUACCCGAUGAAACUCUCUUAUAUGUACAAGACUCGGUAGGACUCUAUGAGGGCAAAUACAAAAUCCCCAACUACCAGGAUGGCCACGCAUACCUGACCUCACAUCGCAUAUGUUAUGUCGACAAUCAGGAGCCGCGGAAGUUUUCCAUCUCCAUUGAUCUCAAGGAUAUCGAUAGACCAGAGUUCUAUGCCGGCUUUCUAAAGUCAUCGGCAAAAGUUACACUGUACCCAAAGGCUCCGAAACAUAAUGCUUUGGCAAUCCGGAGUCCAAAACCUGGUUAUCCAAGUCCGGGUAGUUCGUUGGCAUCUACACCGCCGAGCCGGUAUGCCACUCCAGGACGCACUGCUGCACCCUCGCCAGCGCCAGUAAGGGAUCCGAACGCUACUUGGAUAUGUCCCAUCUGUUCAUUUGCAAACCCCGUCCCGUCCAACUUCGAUCCAAGCACUGCGAAUGAUCGGACGCCGUUACCACCGUGCCUUGCUUGUGGUAUUAAGCCUCCUCUAGUCCAUGUCGUCAAAGCAGCCAUCGCAGCAUUGUCAAAUCGAUCAAGCAUUUCGACCUUGACACCCACACCAGCACCAGCCACGAACAGCCCACUGUCAUCUUCACCACAGACACCUGUGGAUGUGUCUCUAAACCAAUGCCCACGAUGUACCUUCUCAAACCAUCCCUCCCUCAGCAGCUGUGAGAUCUGCGGCGCAAAACUCUCAAGCUCAGCAGAUAGACGCUCCCAGAUCAUCGAAAGCGCCAUCACGCGCCCAGAAUCACCGGGUCCAUCUCUUCCAACUUCAGUCCUAGGCGACACAACUCCAGAAAGCGUGAAACUCUCCUUCCGCGCUGGGGGCGACAAGAUCUUCUUCGAACGCCUGAAAGGCGCCCUGGUGCAACGAAAAUGGCUACUCCAAAACGCACCCCCAAUACCAAGAUCCUACACUGGCGAGCAAAGUCAAACAGCAACAUACUCGGCAACCGACGGCUACACACCCACACCUCCACCUCCAAAAGUGGUCGGUAUAGCAGGCCUCGAGCAACGAAGAGCAGAAUUGCGCAAAACCAACGAAUUCGUCAUCGGCAGCGCCUUCGAAGACCUAGAAGCCCUCAUGACAUCGGCAAAGGAAGUAAUCGCCAUGGCUGAACGCUUCAGAUCCCAAAACAGCAAUGGCAACAACAGCAACACCGACACCGAAAACGACGCAAACGCAGAAGCAGCCUCAUUGCUCUCAGACAUGGGUCUUGUAACAACCAAAGAUAUGCUCUCAGGCAGUGGAGCCGACCGCACCUACAUCGCCGAACUCUCCCGUAACCUCGCCGAAUUCCUUACGGACGACAAACGCGGCGUGCUGAAACGAGAAGGCGGCAUCAUCUCCCUCGUCGACCUUUGGGCCCUCUUCAACCGCACCCGCAACGGCAUAGAACUAAUCUCGCCACGAGACUUUGACCGCGCAGCAACCAUGUGGGACACUUUACGCCUACCCAUCCGUCUCCGCCGCUUCAAGAGCGGGCUACUCGUCGUCCAAGGCCGCGACCGCACAGACGACAAGACCGUCGCUAGCAUCCUCUCCUGGCUAAAAGACCUCCACUCCAUCCCUCCUUCCAUGUCGAACACCUCCGAAUUCGGCGCCGUGACCGGGCCCUCGGUGACUUGGGACUGGCAAGCCUUUGGCCGUGGCGUGACAGCCCAAGAAACAGCACAGAGAUUUGGCUGGAGCGUCGGUGUCGCGACCGAAGAGCUGGAAAUGGCCGAGGAAAGAGGCGCCCUCUGUCGCGAGCAAGGUCUCGACGGCGUCAGGUUUUGGGAAAACUUUNUUGCUGACAUUCCUGUAAAGUUGCCAAAGGCAAGGUCGGUGUCGCAGUUGGAACAGCUGGAGAUAGAGAAGAGGUUGAGAGAAAGUGGUCUUUUGUAA